UCAAGUACAGCGUGAGGUGGACACACCCCCUACAGCGCACGCAACCAAUAGCCUGUUAGGAUGCGAUUUAAAAAGGAGCCGCUGGCCCACCUGCAUCUGAACCAAAACAACAGAGUUGUUCCAGCAACGAUAUUAGCUCGAAUGGCCUCCAUAAACUUUGCCGAGAGAGAAAAUGCAAGGCUUCAUGCACCAAACUUAAAGAGCAGACAUCGGCUAGCGUCUGCUCCCCCAGACGUUUUGAAGACUCCUUUUACUGGGAAAAAAUUACAUACUCCAAUUCUAUCUGGUCGCAAGGCUUUGGGAGCCAUCAAUAAGAUCGCCCUUACUCCAGCUGUCAGACAUGAGAGAACCAAAUUGCUGGACAGUUGGAAGGAACCCAAAAUUAGAACUGCUCUCCAGACCAAGGUGGAUGAAUACCCAGAUAUUGAGAGGUUUAUACCCUAUGACCCACUAGAGUUUGAGAAAUAUGUUGUCCCUGAGGAUGUGGUUCGUCUGGGUCACCUUGCUCUGCCAGGAUUGGCCUUUCCACAAACACCCUAUCCACCCAAGGAGGACUUGGAAGUUCUAGAGACUCAGUUUUUGUCUCCCAUAAAGAACGCACAACACCCAGACUGUUCUUCAGAAUUGGAUGCCUUCCUUCAAACUAUCAAUGAGUUGACUGUAGACAUGCCUCCAGAAUCGCCUGACUCAAUGUAUAAUUGAUUUUGCUUUUUAAAAAUGUUGUUUUUAAGUCACAAAAAUGUUUUUCUUUAUAUAAACUUGGACAACUUGUCUCAAGUUUAGAAUUUUUGUCAGUAAAGCUGACUUGAGCAUCAUCUCAACUAGACCAUGCACCAGCAUACUUUUACUUCCGCCUGAGAAUUGACCAAUGAGGCCACAUGUGUUGGCGUUUAGUCAUAAAGAUUAGAACUGAACUUUGUAUCAUUAACCAAGUGGAAGUACUGGGAGAGCGGAGAGAAGGAAGUGAAAGUCUGUGAAGAAACUUUUGUCACGGAGAAUCAAUAAAGAUUGACGUUUGGA